AUGCCUGUUUCCAUGACCCGACAAGGGAAUGUUCUCCUCCGAUUUGACCCUUAUGAACGAACACGACUUGAUAGGCCAAUCAGACCACCCCCACCACCUCAAACCAGCAAAGCUCCUGCACCACAGUCUCAAUCUCAAGUUAUGGCCUUAAGACAGCCACAUAUGGUGCAAACAUCUGGUCGAUAUCAACCUUCUCGAGGUGCUCAGAGAGACGCCAAAUAUACGAAGAAGGAAGCUCAAAAAGGUGAAUCAUCUUCUCAAGCUCGAUCUCGAGCAAACAGCUCUCGAGGGAGACCAAAUCAAUGCAUUCAAACCCAUCAAGGAAUUCUACUCAAUGAACCCAGUCAUCAGUGUCAGAAUCCCAACUCCCAUCGAGUUCACCUCAUAGAUCAACAGCGAGAACAGAUGAAUUUGAUGGAAACGAUAAGAAGAGAACAAGUGAUCGCUAUUCAAGCAGCUCGUCAAGCUCAUGCAGAAGCUACAGAAUCAAGCGACGGAGAAGAACAGAAGAUCAAAGCGAUCCAACUUCAAGUGUUUGUGCAUGCAAGAUCUACACAUUGCGGAUGGAGUGGUUGUCCGGCAGUACUGAACUCAUGGGCGAUUUUGGAAAAGCACAUACAUCAUGCUCAUUUACAUCCAAAUCACACCCCACCGGGCCAAGUCAAAUGUCACUGGCUAGAUUGCACGGCGAUAUUUGGGACUGCAGCUGAAUGUGAAAAGCAUGUUCAGACUGGACAUAUGGGAGGUUUCUCAGCUAGAUGUCCAUUCAAUUGUCUCUUCGAAGGUCCAACUUUCCCUUCACUAAUGGCUCACAUUCAAAGGCGUCAUCCAAAAGCGACUCCAGAUGAUUUCGUACCAGGUUUAAUCCACCAAAAACCCGUGCUUCCCCCCAAGACAGCUCUUCCGCCGCUACCAUCCCUUGAUCAGCCAGACAAUUACCAUCCCCUCAAUCCAAUUCAGCCAUUCAGUGGUGGAAUUGGUAAUCGAAAUAGGAAGAUGGUAGCUAGGAGCUGUUUCAAAGGUCGAUACCCGCGUGUGGAGGCUUAUGUCGAUAAAAGAGGGGCGGGAGCUGCCAUAAAAGCUGUAGUUGAGAAUUCCAAGAGACUAAGAUUGGCCCCACCUUCUUCAGCCGUGACCGUGAGGAUGGAAGGAAACACCGAAGAUGUCGUCAAGGAAGGUGGUACGAUUUCUGAGAUUGAGCCGGGAACAGCCAGGACAUUGGUAGAAUUAGUGGAUGUGCUGGGCUCUGCGAAGUUUGCUACAUAUAAAGCGAAAGAAGAAAUCAACGGGGAUUCUGCCGGUUCCGGUUCCUAUUCCAGCUCAGCCUCUGAUACUUCUUGCAUCCUCAAGAGUACAUCUUUAGGAUCAUUCCCCUCGAGCCGAAGCCAGAGAUCAUCAAUCUCAGAUUUAAAUUCAGUGCUCAGCACAGAAACCUUCGAAGAUCUCCGGGUUCAUUCCGAACAAGGUCAAGUUGUACAAACAGAGAUGAAGAGUGUCAAAAGGAGCGCAAGGCUUAGGCUAAAGGUGGAAAGGCAAAGUUCAGGUAGUUCAGGUUUUUUCAGUCCGUAUAGCGAGGAAAGUUAA